AUGCCUUUAGAAAAUUGUAAGCGCAAGGUACACGGUACUGGCGAUUACUGCAGCAAUCACAUUUUAAGCAGGCAAGACAACACGGAGUUUCUGCAACUCAGCCAAACCCAACUGCAUCAGUCAUCGGUGAACAUCGGGUUCAGUAACAUUGUUUACAAUAGUGCGAAUAGUGAACCACUCAACAGUUCCCGAAGCGGCUCGACAUCGUUAGCAGUGAUUGACAAAUCAACCACCCCGAAGGCGGAAUCGAGCGACCAGAAGUCGGGUCCGAAGUACAACGAUCUCAACAAAACAUCGCUCUCGGUGGAGGAAAGCAAUCUCAACUUUAACUUCGUCAAGAGCAAUGGCAAAUCGGUGUCGGCAAACAACUGCAGCGGUUCGUACAAGGGUUUAGCGAGCGGCGGUGGCACCAACAACGGUGCCGGAACGAGCGCGCAACCGCCCGGCCAGGGUGGCAACUACCCGUGCAAGAAAUGUGCGGUCAGCAACAAUCUUAGCAACCCGCCAACGCUGCACCUGGGAGGGACCCCUGGCGGUGGUGGUGGUGACGGUCAGCACUACCAUCACGUGUGUCACGAUCCGUCGCACGAUAACGCGACCAACAGCCUUAAAAAUUCGCCAGCACACGGCGGUUCGGGCUCGUCGGGCCGGGCUGCAAACAUCAUCGCGUCAUCCGCUCCGGCCAAAUCGGGCGCGUCCGGGAGUAGUGGCAGCGGGGGCGGCGGCGGCGGCAAGGGCAGCACCCUCAUCAGCUCCUGCCAGGGUUCGUUCCAUUCGCUGCAGGGCGGUGGUUCGAUCAGCGUGGACGGUAACGGGUCGACGCUACCGCCGUACGGCCACCACAGCGUGUCGUCGAGCGGUGCCCAGACUGCGUCCGGUGGGUCGAUGCAACAUGCCUGCAGCAACCUGCUGUCCCAUCAUCAGGUUCAGCCGCGCCUGAGCUACUCCACCAGCCACACCGACUCGCCGAACGGUAGCGGCACGGUGCUGUACAACCGGUCGCGCAUCAACAGCCACAGCAACAGUGCGACGCCCGGUGAGCUCGAGCGGGGCGGCAGCGUAGCGGGCGGCAGCAGCAACGGCGGUGGCACCAAGCAUCAACAGCAGCAGCAGCAGCACGCCACCAACUACAACGUGUUUAGUGUGAACUACGAACGGAAAAGUGCCAGUAUCGGGGGUGUCGCCAGUGGUAGCGGUGUGGGGUACAGUGGAAACGGUGGUGGUGUUGCCAGUGGUAGCAGUAACGGGAACGGUAGCAAAACGAUAAACAAUAGUAGCAACAAAAGCAAUAACAGCAACGGUGCCAUCAACGCGUCCAACAGCGGGAACAGCUACAGCUAUCACGCGAGUGAUAUUAGCCAGCUGCGCAACAUCAUCGAGCUGAACAAGCAAGUGAACGAUCUGAACUCGAAGAAUGUCGAGUACAACCGGCAGCUGAGCGCACCGGCCGAGAACAAUAUCAACAAGAGCAGCAGCAACUGCUACAGCAACAGUGUCUACAACCUGUUUUCCAAUCACAUUUUGCCUCAGUAUCACAGCAAUUCGCCCAACACUAACAGCUUAAACCGUGCGAAGAAGAAGCGCAGCUACAAGCUCAAUGGCAGGUAA